AUAGUUUUAUUAUCAAACAAAUUUAAAACAUAAAUAAAUAAUAAAAUUGAAGAGAAAAUUAAAUAUAACUUUUAUUUAAAAUUACUGCUAAGAGAAGAUUAACUUCGUAAAUUAAAAAAAAUUCAGUAAAAAAACUUCAAAAUAAAUACGUAAAUGAAUGGAGGAAAGGAGCUGAUGAGCUCUAACUCUAACUCUAGCUUUAACAAAGUAAAAACUUUCUUUUAUCACCUUCAAUUGGAGCAUGCCGGCCGGCGAUAUCAGGCAUUCAACUCAGUUGGCGUCUCUGGCGACUGCGAUGACGGAGAUUAUUGAGGACGAGGGAUGGGUGUGGACCCAGAUCAAGGCGGAGGCGCGGCGCGACGCAGAGUCAGAGCCGGCGCUGGCGAGCUACCUUUACUCUACCAUUCUCUCGCACUCGUCGCUGGAGCGAUCGCUGUCGUUUCACCUCGGGAAUAAGCUCUGCUCCUCCACUCUCCUCUCCACCCUCCUCUACGACCUCUUCCUCAACGCCUUCUCCGAUCCAUCCCUUCGAUCUGCCGUCGUCGCUGACCUACGCGCUGCCCGUCAGCGAGACCCCGCAUGCGUCUCCUUCUCCCAUUGCCUCCUCAAUUACAAGGGUUUCUUGGCUUGUCAGGCUCAUCGAGUGUCACAUAGGCUAUGGAGCCAAUCCAGGAGGCCAUUGGCUCUGGCGCUUCAUUCCCGGAUAGCCGACGUGUUCGCGGUGGACAUACACCCGGCGGCGAAGAUUGGAAAAGGGAUUCUGUUCGACCACGCGACGGGAGUGGUGGUGGGGGAGACGGCGGUGAUCGGUAACAACGUCUCAAUUCUGCACCACGUCACUCUCGGAGGGACUGGAAAAAUGGGUGGGGACAGGCACCCGAAGAUUGGUGAUGGUGUCCUGAUCGGCGCCGGCGCCACCGUGUUGGGGAACGUGAACAUCGGUGAAGGAGCAAAGAUCGGCGCGGGGUCGGUGGUGCUGAUUGACGUGCCGGCGAGGACGACGGCGGUGGGGAACCCGGCGAGGCUGGUAGGAGGGAAAGAACGACCGUCUAGGCAUGAGGAUGUGCCCGGGGAGUCCAUGGACCAUACUUCGUUCAUGUCUGAAUGGUCUGACUAUAUUAUCUAAUUUGCUUUACAUGAGAUGACAAUCGAUUUUAGGUUCACUCGGCAGCAUAAAGGAGUUUUUGUGUUUGUAAUAUGAGACUCGUGGCUUUGUUGGGCCUUUCCAAGUUUUGAUUUUUAAUGUAAGCAUGGCUAAAUAAUAAUACUUCUUCUGCCUCAUUGGUUGUUGUCCUUAACAAAAGAUUGAUUAAAAAUAAUGGAACUGGUCUGGAUGUUGGAUUUGGUA